AUGAAAUUCUCAACUAUCUAUCUUUCGCUUUUUUUAACUUCAGCAGUGUUGGCUGAAGAUCGUUGGCCAGCACAAUGGUGCGAUAAGGAAUGUAUUGAAACAUGUUUAUUUGCCCAAGGAUGUAUUGAAUCUGGAAGACCAUGUCGUUGUUCAUCCCAUUUCCAAACCAAAUUGAACAAAUGUAAAGCUGAUGGAUGCGAGGAGAAUUAUGUCAACAAGAAUUGGAGUGAAACAGUUACACCAUUGCUUGAUGAUUGUACUGGUAAGUAUUAUGAUGGGCCAAUCUAA